AUGUACGGCCUCCUCGCCGCAAAUGUGGGGGGAUGGGUGCUGUGGCGCACCAACCCAGCAUUCAUGAGCAAGAAUGCGAUGGUGUCCAUUCCACACCUGAAGCGCGGGAGGGUUUGGACCCUGCUGACCCACAGCUUCAGCCACAGGGACACCUGGCACCUGGCCUCCAACGGCCUGGGACUCUAUGGCUUUGGGCUGACCCUCGGCCGCCUCUUUGGAGGCAGGAAGUUGGCCAUGAUCUACGCCGGCUGCGCCCUGGGCGGAGGCCUGGGACACUGCCUGUCCCAGGCCGCCGGGCCUCUGUGGGCGCGGCGGGAUGCCUGGGGCCGGCUGCCGCUGGGCACGGGGCAGGUUCCCGCCCUGGGCGCCAGCGGUGUGGUGGCGGGCAUGCUGGCCAUGACCGUGUACCUGGCGCCCUCGCAGAAGGUCCUGCUGUACGGCAUCAUCCCUCUGCCAAUGUACGCCUUUGGCCUGCUCUGGGCCGGACUGGACCUGCUGACGCUGCGGAAUCCGGGCAGCAACGUGUCGGUAGGAGGCCAUGCAGGCGGCGCUCUGGCGGGGCUGGCCUUCCUCCUGGCCUACCGACGCGGCAGGUUCCCCAUGCGCUGGGGCUGGUGA